AUGAUGAACAUCAAUGACACCAGCGAGAUAUUGACGCUGGUGUCGGAAAAUAUGAAGCGCGAGAACGAGAAAGAAUUUCCGUCGCACGAAACGCUCCCGAAAAGCGAGAUUCGUCAAGCGUCGUCGAAAAGCACAAUGCAUCAUUUGGUCCACAUCGCGAGGCCCGUUAUGACAUUCGCCGUUGGCAAUCAUCAACUCAAACGCGUCAAUCGCGAUAUCUAUUCACCAUUUGAGCUUCUCUAUCGCCUCGUUGAGCAUGGCCCAUAUUUCUAUCCGAUUUCGGCGAUUGAGCUUCUCGAGCUUUUUGAGGAAACGUCGAACACAUUUUCCGCGGAUCCAUCGCUUCUCGAGUUGGACGGCGAGAUCACCGUAAUUGGUGAUCUUCGGGGCAAAUAUGAGAAUUUGCAUCGAUGGCUUCAACUCACUGGCUGGCCGCCGAGAAAUCGAUUAUUGUUCCUCGGCGGAAUAAUUGAUAGCGAUGAGACGGGAUCGAUUGAAUGUCUGGCGCUGAUUUGCUGUUUGAAGAAUUGCUUUCCAGAGCACGUGUUCAUUCUACGCGGCGCUCCAGAAACCCUCCAAUUCUCAACGGCUCAACGAUUCCAUCCGAAGAUCUCUGAAGCAUUGGCUUCAUGUGUCAAAAGAAUGUGCGCUCAAAUGCCAUUUUCGGCAAUUAUUGGCAAUUCGAUAUUGGCGGUUUAUAGCGGUGUUUCGCCAUUGGUGAAGGGCAAAUCGAACCUUCGCAAUUUGCAUCGACCCGCUCUUCCAUCAUCUUUAACUCAACUCGAGAAUCAUUUGAUAUUCAAUCAGCCUUCAAAUAAUGUCAGAAUGUACCGACCGCAUAUGAAGAGUCGCGGCGAUUGGUUUGGCAGACAGGCGGUGAAGCUUUGCUGUAAAAGCGUCGGUGUCUCAAUGAUUGUUCGAGGUCAUUCGUGCUUAAGAAACGGCUACCUACCGUGUUGGCGACAUCGCCUCAUCAAUCUCUGGUCGUCGCCCGGCAAGAAUUCCGACGUCGGUGCCGUUCUGCACAUCGCCGCCGACCUCAAAGUCACCCCAAUCCUAAUGAAAGCCGAGUAUUGA